UCUAAUUAAUUGAUAUUAUUUUAUCAGUACGAAGCGUUAUAAGGCCUAUAACGUUGUAGAUUUUUUUAUUAAAUAGUGGAUGUGGUGGAACGAUGAAGGCGUGGGCGGUGUUGCUUCUCUGCGCGGCGGUGUACGCCAAGCAUGAACAGUACGCGGGAUGGAAAUCUUAUUACAUAGGACCGAAAUCCCAAGAGCAACUGCAGUCUAUUGGUUCAUUAAUCCAGAAAUUUGAGUUGGACGUUCUGAGCCACGCAAACAUAGAGCGAGAGGGUGUAUUUCUUGUGAAGCCAGAAUUCCAAAAUGGACUCACCAAUGCAUUGGAAGAGCAAGGCAUCGCAUACAGGAUUCAUUCCGCUGAUGUGAAAGCUUCCCUUGAUCUAGAUGAUAUAGCCAUCGAAUCGAGAAGACGUGAAAAUCUUGCCCGAAAGGGCAAAGAAUCUCCUUAUGACAAUUAUCCAAAUUUAGAUGUGAUUAACUCUUACCUCGCUGAUGUUGCUAGACAAUAUCCAGACAGAGCCACUCUAGUUUCUGGAGGUAAUACCUUCGAGGGCCGUCCGAUCAAUUACUUGAAGAUCUCUACCACCAAUUUCGAGGAUGAAAGCAAGCCAGUCAUCUUCAUUGACGCUGGCAUUCACGCAAGAGAAUGGAUUUCUCCUCCCACAGUGACCUGGGCCAUACACAAACUUCUAGAAAAUGUGACAGAACCCGACCUUCUGGAGCGGUUCGACUGGAUCCUGUUACCUGUAGUUAAUCCAGACGGAUAUGAAUUUACUUUUACUACUACUCGCUUUUGGCGUAAAACUCGCUCUACUGAUCAGAGCCCAAUAAGUAACUCGUGUCCUGGAGUCGACGGUAACCGCAACUACGAUUUCUUCUGGAACACAGUUGGUACUAGCAAUGAUCCAUGCUCCGAUAUAUUCGCCGGUAGCAGGCCUUUCUCUGAAAUUGAGACGAGAGUAGUUCAGGGUAUUCUGCAGGAGAACCUCCACAGACUAGCUCUGUACCUAACUAUGCAUAGCUACGGAAGCUUGAUUCUCUACCCGUGGGGUCAUGAUGGUAGUUUGUCCAAUAACGCCUUCGCACUCCACGUGGUUGGAGUCGCUAUGGCCGAUGCCAUCGCUGCCCAUGCCUUACCUUUUUUCCCAAGAUAUGUAGUGGGUAAUGCUGUACUCGCGAUUGGAUAUGCAGCAUCUGGAGCAGCCGAGGACUACGCUCAUUUGAUUGGUGUUCCUCUAUCUUACACUUAUGAGUUGCCUGGACUCGCCGGGGGUCUUAAUGGUUUCCAUUUGGACCCAAUAUACAUUGAGCAGGUGUGCCGUGAAACUUGGGAAGGUAUUGUAGUUGGUGCAAGACGAGCUGGCGAUUUGUUUGUUCCAUAAAUUGAAUAUACUUGAUUUGUAAUUUGUGACAUAUUUUGCAAUGUUUUAUUAAAUACUCAGAAAUUAUCAGAA